AUCCAUGGCGGGUUACAGUCUGAAAAAUAAGUUUAUCGUUAGUUUGUUCGCAGUGUUUGCAUUCUUCAUGCACGGUGCAUCUGAUGUGGGCACAGACAGAGUGUCAGUGAUUGUGAUGAAGGGAGAUUCAGUCACUCUUCACACUAAUAUUACAAUAAACCAACAAUACAGAGUUAAAUGGUAUUUUAUUGACACUCUCGUCGCUCAACACAAUCUCAGUCAUAUCUGCACAGAUGUUCAGUGUCAUGAAGAUAAUGAGAGAUUCAGAGACAGACUGGAGCUGGGUCAUCAAACUGGUGAUCUCACGAUCACAAACAUCAACACCUCAGAUAAUGGAGUUUAUCAUCUAAAGAUCUUCAGCAGCAGCAGCAGCCGCAUUAGAAAGGUUUUCAAUGUUGAUGUUCAUGAUGGCGCUGCUGAAAUGAAGAGAAAGUCAGUGAAGGAGGGAGAAUCUGUCGCUUUAGACACCCCUGAAGUAAAAAACCCAAAUAAUGUGAUGAUGUGGUAUUUCAAUGACAUUCCCAUCGCUGAAAUCACUGGAGAUGAGAGUAAGAUCUGUGAAGAUGAUCAGUGUGAUGAGAGAUUCAGAGCCAGACUGAAGCUGGAUCAUCAGACUGGAUCUCUGACCAUCACGAACAUCAGAACCACAGACUCUGGACUUUAUAAACUACAGAUCAAAUCCAGCAGAAACUGCUACAGUAUCACCAGCAUUCUUUAUAAGCUACAGAUCAAAUCCAGCAGAAACUGCUACAGUAUCACCAGCAUUAUGAGCUUCAGUAUUUCUGUGACUGAUUCAGGUCUGUCUUCAGCUGCUGUAGCAGGAGUAUGUGUUGUUGUUGGUGUUCUGCUGGUGGCUGCUGCUGCUGCUGCCGCUGGUGUGAUUUACUAUCGCUACAGACACUCCAGAAAGGAUGAAGGAAGCCCUCAUGAUCGGAGAGGAUCCCGACACAGGACCGGCGCCAAUGGGAGGCAUUCGCGGACCGUGCCCCCACAAACGGGUUGCUGUGCCCCCCCUUUCCAAUCUCUCGCCGAAAGUGAAAGUGAAACCGAAUAAAACAGCGUGCAUAGGAAAGCGUUUGCACGCUUUCUUGAGUGUCAGCAACUGCACACGAUUGCAGAUGGCUCCCAUCUUUAAGCUGGAACUUAAAAUG